CUACAGCUACAGCUGCUGCUGCUACAGCUACAGCUGCUGCUGCUACAGCUGUAGCUGCUGCUGCUACAGCUGUAGCUGCUGCUGCUACAGCUGUAGCUGCUGCUGUCGCACGCGAGGAGGAGGAGAGGGACCGCGAGGCCCUCGCCUGCGGCCACCGCGGAGCGAGCAAUGGCGGCGGCGCUCCUCGUGCGGGGCGCGGGAGCGGUUCGGGCCUGCGGCUCCAGCCUCGUGUCGCGGAGGGGCAUGGCCUCCAAGACGCCCGUGGGAUUUGUCGGUCUGGGCAACAUGGGCAACCCCAUGGCCAAGAACCUCAUCAAGCACGGCUACCCAGUCAUCGCCUGCGACGUCUUCCCGGAUGCCUGCAAGGACCUGCAGGACAGUGGCGCGCAGAUCGUGGAGUCUCCUGCGGAGGUGGCGGAACGCGCCGAUCGCAUCAUCACGAUGCUCCCGUCCAGCCCCAAUGUGACCGAGGCCUACAUGGGGCCCAGCGGCAUCCUCAAGAGCGUGCGGAGGGGCUCGCUGCUUGUCGACUCGAGCACCAUCGACACGCUCGUCUCUAAGGAGACGGCGCUCGCCGCAGAGCGCGCCGGCGCCGUCUUCAUGGACGCGCCGGUCUCUGGGGGAGUGGGGGCGGCAAGGGCUGGGAACCUCACCUUUAUGGUGGGCGGUCCCGAGGCCGAGUUCAACGCCGCCAAGGAGCUGCUGAGCUGCAUGGGGGCCAACGUGGUGCACUGUGGGGGAGUGGGCACGGGGCAGGCAGCCAAGAUCUGUAACAACAUGCUGCUGGCGAUCAGCAUGAUCGGGACGUCUGAAGCUAUGAAUCUCGGAAUAAGGCUGGGCCUGGACCCCAAGCUUCUGGCGCGGAUCCUCAACAUGAGCUCGGGGCGCUGCUGGUCGAGCGAGGCAUACAACCCGGUGCCCGGCGUCAUGGAGGGCGUCCCUGCUGCCAACAAUUACCAGGGCGGCUUCGGCACCAGCCUAAUGGCCAAGGACCUCAGUCUGGCGCAGAACGCGGCAACUAACACAAAGACGCCGGUGCCACUGGGCUCGCUGGCGCACCAGCUCUACCGCGUGAUGUGUGCGCGCGGAUACGCCGCCAAAGACUUCUCCUCGGUCUUCCAGUUUCUGCGGGAAGAGGAGGCCAAGUGAGCCGCCCUCUCCCCCCCACACUCCCAACCGGCGGGGCAACGUCCAUCCGGGACGGGCAGGGGAUGGGGAGGCUCCGAUUGUCCCCCGUCGUGCUGUGAACAGCAACGCUCGAUGGAAUGGCGUCGCAAUGGACGAUGAGUCGGUGACCUUGUCAAUGCAACGGUGUCCCCGGGGUGUCGCGUGGCACGUAGCAAGCACGUGACAAGACCUACACACUACACAUUUGCACGCACAUGCGUAUACACACUUGCACGUAUGUACACUCGCACGUAUGGACACUCGCACGUAUGGACACUCGCACGUAUACUCACGUAUACACACACUCCCACAUACAUAGACAUAUACACUGGCAUGUAUCAACUCGUACAAAUACACUCAUACAUGAACACACACGUGUACACAGGAAUACACUCACACCCACUCGCACAUACUCCGGUAUACUCACACCAGUACACUCACAAACACACUUCGGUACUCUCAAACACUUGGGUACACUCACUCACAUCGGUAUACUCACUCACACUGGUACACUCACACCGGGACACUCACGCACACCGGUACACUCACACUUGGGUACACUCACUCGCACACACCGGGACACUUACACACACACACUGAUACACUCCUCACACACACUGAUACACUCACUCACACACACUGAUACACUCGUACACUCACACACACCGGUUCACUCACACACUGAUACACUCACUCACACAUACUGAUACACUCGUACACUCACUCACGCACUGAUACACUCACUCACGCACUGAUACACUCACACGCACUGAUACACUCACUCACACGGUAUACUCACACGCCGAUACACUCACUCGCACACACUGAUACUCACACACGCAAACUCUCGUACACUCACUCAUCCCGGUAUAUUUGCACACACCGGUACACUCACUCACACACUGAUACACUCGCUCACACACACUGAUACACUCGUACACUCACUCACACGCACUGAUACUCGUACACUCACUCACACGCACUGAUACACUCACUCACACAUACUGAUACACUCGUACACUCACUCACACGCACUGAUACACUCACACGCACUGAUACACUCACUCACACACACUGAUACACUCACACCGGUAUACUCACACACCGAUACACUCACUCGCACACACUGAUACACUCACACACACACACACACACUCUCAUACACUCACUCAUCCCGGUAUACUCACGCAUACCAGUACACUCACAAUCACUCUGGCGGCGAUCGCCAACCCACUCCUCCCUCCAGCACUUGAGCCGAGGUGUGUGUGUGUGUUUAUUUUUUUGUACACAGCCACUAAGCACCGGCCCAAAGCGCCGAGGUGGCCAGCAACAUCGGCACGAUCAACGUUGGUCAUUGGAUGAGAGCGUAACGAGGGUUGAGUCGGUACUGUCAGGAAGCGAGUCCUAUGUUGUGCUCCGGGUGAGUCUCUCUCGCUCGGUGCUCUGUGCAUCGCUGCUCAUGCCGGCAUAAGGCACUACCACCACUAGGGUAGCAGGGGGGAGGGGUUCUUCACAAACGUUUCAGACUUCGCUCUUCACCAACGUUUAAUAGCCGUGGCCGGGAAUCGAACUCGGCGCGCUGGGUCGGUAGUAGCGCAAGGGACCGGUGAUGCGUCCGCUGCUUAUUUGCAAGGGUUCGUGGUUGGCGAUUACUGCAUUGGCGGUGGUGCCAGUGGUGGUGUAGUGUUGACCGUUGUUAUCCUACCACAUGCCAUCUGCUUCUCUGUGGACGCUGAGUGAUGAUGUGGGCUCGGCACGGAGAGGCCUGUGGAACCCCCGCCGCCUCCUUGGUUGCGUGUACGGGACACGUGUGCCAGUGGAGGAGGGUGGAGCGAAGCAACUUAGACGUCAGGAAUCGCAGGGGGAGGAGGUUGUGAUGAUGGGUGGGACACGUGGUGGUGUGCAGUAGAGGAGGAUUUGUUUAACACGUAGGCUUUCGCGGCCAAUAUCCAUAGAGGAGGUUUUUUUGGGUUAUAUUGUUCCCACCUGAUUGGCUCACAGGUGACGACAUCACAUUCAUCCCCUCUAUUUAAGACCAUAACAGGAGGAGUAUUUCUCCACAACUGACUUUCGCCUCGUGAGGCUGGUUGUAUAAUCUGGCGAAGUGUCACGGCUACUCGAAUUGUAAAUGCUGUGGGAUAACUCUACAACGCACAACCGGUUAGUGCUGUACUAGUAACGAAUUGGCAUGUUUUAUUAAUGUGACAAACCUUACUAAAAGGCUGUGUUGGGUUUAACCAGACAUUUACACGAUCUAACCAAAAAAACCUUCAUGGAGGAGGAUUUGGUCUACUCUUCAACGUCGUACCAAGACAUAUUGGAGAAUAGAGGUGGGAUGUACCCACACUUUACCCCACCGCACGCAACCUUGCCAAACGACUUGUAACUACGGCGGUGAAGUUUAUUCACACAUGUACGUGUGUGUGUGUACGUUUAACUUUUCGCACCGUACAUCAGCCAACCGUGCUAAUCGGAGGUGCGGGGGAGGACAACAAACUAAACAACAAGUUAAUAAAUUAGUUUUCAAAUCUAGAUUUAAAAAGUCCUUACCGUGCCCGUCCCUAUAAAUAAACAAUGUAAGUAUAUAUUUUUUUAACACAUCCCUUCAGUCACGCAGCCUUCUAGGAGUUGCAUCUCAUCGGCAGUCACUCGUUUUAUAAUGCUGAUGAGACAGUCAAAACCCCGAGUCCAGAGUUUUGCUUGCAUCCGGGACCCACAAAUAUAACGCUGCUAAGGCCGUGUGGCCGACGGGAUGUUGGCAGGGACCGGUCACAGACGUGUUGUGCGACUUUGAGGGAGGAGGAAUUGUUGGCCGUUGCCUUCCGUCGGGUUCGGCAGCAAGAAUUUCACCCUGGGUUCGAUUCCCAACUCGGGCAUCCUUUCUGUUGUGGAGCACGUGUUCCUGUGCGUGCGUGUGCCAGUGUGGUCUCUUCAGCGGUGAGCGCGACGCUGCACUGCAAACUCGGUGACCCGAGUUAGAGUCCCACUCACGGCCACCAACACCAGUGACGAUUAUCUGAACCGGUCCUGGGCCUCAAAUGAGUACCUGCUGCAGUGUGUGGUAAACAUCGCCACUCGGGAGACAAAGGCGGCAGGGCCUGGUGUUCGCCACCCACCCCCUCGUGUGCCGUGCCGGCCUUCAUAGGUGUUGCUCACGAACGGCACUUGCCCCAGCAGUCUGUUCAGGCUUCACGGGGGGUCUUUGUUGUCUCUAUCCCCCCUCCUGUUCUGCAUGGGGAUUCCCUCCGGCUUCCUCCCCAUAGCUAAACCCACGUGCACACGCGAGCAGUGGCACUGCUUUUGGCCACAACCACAUCCCCCAGCCAAUGCUGAGAGAUGAGCCCUGCAGAUCACUCGACUGGGAUCACUGCAGCAGCAACAACUUUACCCCCUGACUGCGAAACACCCGACCGGACCCUCCUGAACGUGAGUCUUGAGACUCACCUGGGUGUAAUCAAGUGGAAUCGAUAAUAAAUCCUGUGGUCGAUC